AUGGUUGCGAGGAGAGAGAGAGAAAGAGAGAGAGAGUCGCGCUCGGCGUCCCGUCGGCAGUCGCGCGCGCUUCGAGGAGGCGAUCCGCGGACACCGCCCGCGGCGACGUGUACCACCGCGCCCAAGGUCGCGCCUUCGCGUUCCCCGUUCGAUCGCUCGCGUCGUUAUCGUCCGUCGCCACCGCCGCCAACGUCGUCGUCAUCGUCGUCGUCACCGUGGUACCGCGGCGAGUGGCGCGCGGCACGAAGAGAGCCCGCGCCCGCCCGUCACGCAUCUCGAGCGCGGCGGCCUCCUCGCGCUCGUCCGCCGCCGUCGCGUCCGAGAGCCCCGCGACUUGGCUCGCCGACGGAUAUUCGCGACAGCGUGCGUGCGUGCGUGCGUGCGUGCUUGCGGGGAGAAGAGGGGUGGGAGAGAGAGAGAGAGAGAGAGGCAAUAAAUUCACGCGAAACGGAUCGAUCGCGCGCGGUGCAUCGCGCCCGACGGACGGCGACGUUGAAGACGACGGUGGAGGAGGAGGUGGUGGAGGUGGUUGAUCGCCUCGGCGCGGGACGGCUUCUAGGCUGGCACGUCCGUUUUAUCGUGCGCGGUGUGUCACGGAAAAGUGCGUCGAGCAGUCUCGAGAAAUACGCUCGUGCACAUCGAGGAGGCGGCCACUUCGUUGGACGUGACCACCACCAUCACUAUCGCCGCUGCAGUCGUCGUCCGUCAUCGUCAUCGUCGUCGUCGUCGUCGUCACCACCGUUACCGCCGCCGCCGUCGUCGCCGUCGUCGCCCUCCUUCCUCCCCCUGCGCGCGAUCGGAAGUCCCGCGUUCCCGACCGGAGCGAGGCGCGUUACCCGUUUGUUCUGCGGCGAGGGCUGCUUCCUACUCCGCAGGUGGUGCGUAACGAGGCGGCGAAAAAAAAAAGAUCCGGGGGGGAGACGACAGACGAGGCGAGAUAGCGAGAUAGAGGGAGAGAGGGAUACAGAAUUGACCCCCUGUGCGGGAGAAUUCUGGUACUUCGCUGUCGAGGCUUUCCGGUUAUCGUUAACCAGCGACAUCCCGCAAAAGGCUGCGUCUUCUUCGAAGAUCGUCUUUGGCUGUCGCUGGUUGACGAUACCGGAAAGCGUCGACAGCAAGUCACAGAAUCCCCGCGCUGGUCAACGCGGCGUCGAUCGUUAA